AUGGAAUAUCUCAGAAGAAUUUUUAGAAGAGUCCCUGUAGUCAAUGAUCAAUAUCAAAGCUACUUGCUGAAAAAUGAAGAAUAUUUAAGAAGAAAUAAAAAAGAUGUGUUAGAGUUAUAUCGCAAAUUCCACAAAACUAUCCCAAAACUCUUCACUAGAAAAAUAGAAAAGGCUGCGAAAAUAGAAGAAUUAAAAUAUCUCUUCCAUGAAAAUAAGAAUGAGCAAUUCAUUUCAAACAUAGAACAAUACAAAAUAAUUGCAAACGAAGUGCUUGAAAAAAUAGAUAAGAAAGAGUAUCCUCCUUUUCCUUCAUAUUACCCCUAUAAGAUGUAUGACCCAAAUAAUUUAGAAGUUUAGUUCAGAAAAAGACACAGCAGAGAUGUGCUUAUUUGA